AUGAAAGAGAUACCCGAUCUAACCUGGGAAAGAGUGGCAUCAGACCUAUUCAGUUUUGAAGGACAAUCAUAUAUUGUCAUAGUAGACAACUAUUCGGGUUACCUGGAUUUCAGAAAACUACGUGGAGAGUCUGCACAGGAAGUUGUCAAUGUCAUGAAGGAAUGGUUAGCCACUCACGGUAUACCAAAGGUCCUUGAAACCGACAACGGCCCCUGCUACACAGCGAAGGAGUUCAAGAACUUCACCAAAGACUGGGAAUUCCAUCAUAUCACCUCAAGUCCGAGAUACCCACAAUCUAACGGCCUCGCUGAACGAGCAGUGCAGACAGCCAAGAGUGUACUUCGAAAAUGUGCCUUAGAUGGAAGUGACAUACAAAUGGCCCUCCUCAACCUAAGAAACACACCAAGGAAUGAAGGGCUGGGAUCACCAGCACAGAGACUGUACAGCCGAAGAACAAAGACUACCAUUCCAAUGCACAGCAAACUACUACAGCCAAAGGUAAUACAAGGUGUGAGACACAAAUUGAAUACAGAACGUGACCGGCAGAAGAGGUAUGGUGAUCAGCACACAAGGCAAGCACCGAAAAUGGCUGUAGGCCAAUCAGUCAAAGUGUGGGAAGGACACAGACACUGGAUCCCUGGUACGGUCAUACGACACUUGGACGAACCCCGUUCGGUAAUUGUUAAAACACAGAAAGGUCUACAUCGCCGCAAUACAUCUUUCGUCCGUCCAACAAAAGCAGAACAGCAGAGGACAGACACUCAGACAAGAAGUGCCGAGCACUGUGUGCCCCAGCAAGUCACCCAUUCAACUUUUGACGACGACACAGAAGACGACAGAACUCUGACCAGGUCUGGUCGCUCUGUCAAGCCUGUCGUGAGACUCAACCUCUAA